AUGUCACUUCUCAAAAUACCUCUAGUUCUCUCAUCUGCUAUCGCAGUCCAGGUAGCAAUCACACCUCCUCAUUCUUCAUCCGAUGAAGAAUUAUAUCAUGAUGGUCAGACUCUGGAGAUCUUCAUUGAAAGGAUUUUGGUCGAUAUCCAGGGGCUAUACUGGGCGGGGGCAGUGGCAGAGGUAGCUGCCAUUAUAGCUCGCCGCGUCGAUUCCUCAAAAAUGCCAUCAGUUUUGCGAAUGAUAUCGAAAUAUCUGAGCACUCUCACAGACGUCCCCAUCACUCCUUCCUUUCUUGUGGGCUGUGGUCUCGUGACUAGUGGUGCAUUCAUCCGCUGGUUAUGCUACCGAACCCUCGGUCGCCAUUUCACGUUUCUGCUCAGCAUACGUCAAGAUCAUCAGCUUAUCACCACAGGACCUUACGCAAUUGUCCGCCACCCUUCUUACACAGGAAUGAUGAUGAUGUGCCUCGGGAUCAUCAUUCUACAUGGCUCUCCCAACUCAUGGUUAAGGACCUCUGGCAUAUCUGCGAGGAUCCCUGGAGUGUUACCGGUUGUCGCUGGAACUUCCGUUGUGUGUACAGCGGUGAUUUUUGCGACGUUAAGAAGAACGAAGAGAGAAGAUAGGAUGAUGCAUUCUGCCUUCGGAGACGAAUGGGAGGCGUGGGCCCGAAAAGUGAAGUAUCGGAUCAUACCUGGCGUGUACUGA